AUGGACGCCAUGGACGCCAUGGUCGCCAUUAAUGAGUCGAUUUCGCCUAUCCGGGAAGCCAGCUGUAAAAUUCCUCCAGUGGAGAUAUCACCAGUGUUACAGCCCGCUCCUGGCGGAGCAAGUAAUUGCCAAGGCAGCUCUUCCGCUCCGCCAACACUCCUAAAAAGGAUCCUUGACGAACACGACAACUUCGCCAAAGAAUGCAGCGAAGACACACUGAUGGAUAACACCUUUCAGUUGCCGUAUAUUGCAAUCGGUUACUUCGACCAUGAUGGUGGAAGCCUGUCCUUGGGCAAGUACAAUGUCCACAUGUACAUCCCUCGUGGCGCACUUCCCAAAAAAUCACUACAGCAGGUGUACAUCUAUGUCAACCCCAAUGCGCCACCUGUGGACGGGAUCCAUCCUCCGCAGGUUGCUCUCUCACCCGUGAUCCAGUGCGGCCCGCCAGGUCUGAAGUUUUUAGACAGCGUGGUGCUGCAGUUCCCGCAUCACGCUAGCGAGAACUCCAGUUGGAUGCUUUACACCAAGAUCUGCAGCGACGAAGAUGCGGCGUACAAGGCCUGGCAUCCGCUCGACGGCGAGGAAGAUGGCAUCGUGGUGUCAACUGAAAACAAGAAGGUCGUUCUCCUGAUGAAGCAUUUUACCGGAGCAGCUCUAGUGGGCGAGCCGUCCUCUACCAGCAGUAAAAUGGUGCACGUUGGCGCGUUCGGAGGGUCAUGUACCGAAUCUGAUACUUCGUAUGCCGUGCGAAUCCACGCUUGGGACGAUGACCCGGUUGCUAAGCAGAAAGUUUUGGAUAUGGAGAAGGAACUUGAAUCCAAGCCGUUGGAUGUUUACAGAGACAUGUUAGUCCAUCACAGUCACGGAGGUGUGAUCGUUGCGCUUGAGAACCUCAAGACAGGCUGGGAAUUGGAGGAGAAUACAUCACAGAAACAAGAGAUAAGCAAGUCCAGAGUUUGGCGGUUCCCAAAGAACUCUGUGACCUUUGACAUGAGAAGACAACUGCCUCGUGCAGAGAGUGACCUAAUGCAGCUGCUUCCUGGGGCUGACGGAGUCAUAUACCAGUGUAUCUCGGAAUCCGACACAACUUCGACUGAAGAUAGAAUUCGAUUGUCGAUCCGACCAAAGCAAGGGAAAAUUGCAACGUCUCACAAGGAAGCUAGUAAAACCUGCACAGAAGAAAAGGUGAGAACGGCAAUUACAAGGAGGGUGCACGGACUAAUGGACGGCGACUACGGAGGCUUCUCAGAGGCAUUGGUUCAGAAACUUUGCCAACACUUAGAUACCGAGAUAAACAGCCACAACUGGACGGAACUUGCCCGGGACCUACUUGGGGAAGGUCUUCGGUCAAACGACAUCGCUCGUCAAGAAAGUCCAUCAAAGGAGACGAUCAAAGUCUACUUUGCAGGCUGUCGAGCGGAUAAUACUUCAGACAAGCCAGCUGUUCAGCAUCUGAUUGAGAAGUUUGCGAGUGAAAUAGUGGAUAUUGUAAGGAAUGAAGUCCGCCGUGCGUGGGAAGAGGGUCAACCAUCAGGCAUGGAAAAAACCGGAGUAAUAACCGAAGCAAGCGGAAGUGUCCAACGCGUCUCUGAAAUACCUUUGCGAUCUGCACCUGGUUCAAACAGUGACGUCAGCGGAUCGAUACCGUGUCAAAUUAGUACUGAAGUAGAUGACCAGAAGCGCCUCCGUCGGCUUGCCGAGAAAUUGGGACCGGAAUGGGAGACACUGGCUACAGAGUUAGGCUGCACUAGUGAGAACCUGUUCAGGAUUAAAGAAGACAAGCGAAAUUGCGUGGUUAAUCAGAUCUUUACAAUGCUUGUGGAGUGGAGGCAGCGAGGGGGGAGGUUGGAUGAAAGCAUCUUAGCCGACGCCUUGGGGAAGGCCAAACGAUUUGAUCUGGCACAGCAGUUCCGAGAGAUGACGUCAGGAAUAAGGAGAAGACGUGUUAGUAGUAUAUCAGGACGCAGCAUAUCAGGAUGCAGUAUAUCAGGACGCAGCAUAUCAAGACUCAGCAUUAAUUUACAGUAGGAGGUAGUAGGCACAAUGAAAUAACUUGGUGAUGCUAAAAAUGUGGGU